CAGACCUAUUUUACAAAAAUGUUCAAAUUGGUGGUGUUGUCUGCUCUAUUAGCUCUCGCUGUCGCUAAACCAAGCGGAGUGUGGGUGGAAAAUCCAGUAGUGGAAACUUACAGCGCACCAGUAGUAGCUGCAGUACCUUCCGCUGUAAGUCACACCUACAGAAAGGACGUCAUCAGUGAACCAGCAGUCGUUGCUUAUUCAGCACCAGUUGUUCAAAAGUAUGUAGCCACAGCUCCUGUUGUCGCCGCCCCCGUUGUUCAGAAAUACGUAGCUACUGCUCCGGUUGUUCAAAAAUAUGUCGCUGCACCUAUUGCCGUUCCUGCUGCACUUAGUCACAGUUAUAGAAGUGACAUCGUCAGUAAACCAGUUAUUGCAACUUACGCCGCUCCAUGGGCGUACGGACACGGAUGUUUCUGUCAGUCAGUUCUACUACUAACAACACAGACCUAUUUUACAAAAAUGUUCAAAUUGGUGGUGUUGUCUGCUCUUUUAGCUCUUACUGUCGCUAAACCAAGCGGAGUAUGGUUAGGGAAUCCAGUAGUGGAAACUUACAGCGCACCAGUAGUAGCUGCAGUACCUUCCGCUGUAAGUCACACCUACAGAAAGGACGUCAUCAGUGAACCAGCAGUCGUUGCUUAUUCAACACCAGUUGUUCAAAAGUAUGUAGCCACAGCUCCUGUUGUCGCCGCCCCCGUUGUUCAGAAAUACGUUGCUGCUCCAGUUGCCGUUCCUGCUGCGGUAAGUCACAGCUACAGGAGUGACAUAGUGAGCAAACCAGUUGUUGCUGCUUAUGCUGCUCCUUGGUCUUAUGGAUAUGGCUGGUGA